AAAUCUCUACGCUUUUCUCUCUGCAAUUACUCUUGGAGAACUUCUUUCUCUAUAACAUCGAGUAUUGCUGACUUGAGCGUCGGAGUGUUUUCCCCGAGGAAACAACCUCGGGAUUUUCAGGUGUGGAAGCAGCUAAGAACUUCAACAGUGUUGGACUGCGAAGCUGCCCAAACAUUUGGCGCCGUCUGCGGGAAACCGAACAAGAAGUCGUGUGGCUUAACUUGCUGAAAGAUAACAUGGUUCAUACCUUUACAGGAGGUCGCCCUCCAAGAAAUGAGAUGGACGAACAGGAGGACGCCCAAGACCACCUAAGUGAAACAGAUGAUGAAAGAACACCAACUGGGUAUGCAACCCAGCCUGAACAGUUCCAAGUUCCAACAGGAACAGGACAAAGACCUUCUAGACCGUACAAUGCACAGCGUGUACGACCUGAAAGGUCGUCAGAGCCUGCUCGGACAACCGAGCUCGAAGAGAGAACCAGAGUUCUCGAAAUGGCAAUGGGUAAAAUCCUUGCCCGUCUAAUUCCUAAUGACCCCCUGAUUCCUUUGCUGAACAGGGAUGCACAACCGGCUGCGGUUGUUGCGAUGCGAAAUUCCCCGGCCCUAAGCAACAUAGUAGUGCCGACUAGGCCAAGGGGAAGCGGGAAGCUAAACCUCGAGCCAAGCUCGUCCAAGCAUAGUGAAGAACUGAUGAGAAAGAAUGCAGACCUUGAAAGACAACUGAGAGAUGUACAAAAGUCUAUUGACGAGCUGAAAAGUCCCAGGUCGCACCAACAAACCGUGGAUUUGGAUAGUGCUCCACUAAACAUGUCCAUCACAGUAGAACCCUAUCAAGAGGGAUUCAAGAUUCCCCAUCUGGAGACAUAUGAUGGUUCAGGUGACCCAGAUGAACAUCUGCACACCUAUCAACCCAUCAUGAGAAUCCAAAAUGCCAAUGAUGCCACGAUGUGUAAAGUGUUCCCAACGACACUGAAAUCAACAGCUAGGAGAUGGUAUCACAAGCUCCCCAGACAUUCUAUAGACUCAUACUCCCAGCUUGCCAAGCUAUUCUCCAACAAAUUCGCGAGCCAGAGAGAGAUCAAACGCACAACAACUGAGCUGAUGCAAGUCAAUCAAAAGGAAGGGGAAUCUCUGAGGGACUACAUGCAGCGAUUCAACAAAGCCACUUUGGACAUUGAUAACGUCCCAAAUACCAUCUGCCUGUCCGCCUUGCUACAUGGUUUGAAACGUGGCAGGUUCCUGGACGACCUCCUAGAAAACCCACCAAGGACUUGGAACGAAGUGAAUGACAGGUCGGCUAGCUUCAUAUUAUCAGAAGACUUCCAAUCGUCCAAGCGACGAGCUGACGAUAAGCAGAGCAAAAGCCAAGAACAGCCACCGAGAAGGGAAGAGAAGAAGAAACAAAAAGUCAGCGAGCAGUGGGGGAAACCCGCUGACUUCCCCAAGCAUGCCAACUACAUACCUUUAACCUUGCCCAGGUCCCAAAUCCUUGCGCAAAUACAACACUGGGUUAGAAGACCCCCACCCCCACUGUAUGAGUCCUCGAGGGCGGACAAGAGCAAGCAUUGUGACUAUCAUCGUACUUAUGGUCACAACACAGAAGACUGCCAACAUCUGAAGGACGAGCUAGAGUUUCUGGCUCGCAAUGGGAAAUUAGAAGGAUAUGUUCAAAAGCCCCACGCCCAGCAACCCACACAAACUCAUUUUGUACAGGGGUAUGACCGACCUCAGGGGCAGAGGUACCAGCUCGGCGGGGUGCAGGAUGUAUAUCAGGACAAUCCAUAUCCUUUGGAGCAGGGCAGGGCGUAUAGAGGACGUCCGUUCAACAGGAGAGGACAGGGGCAGAGGGCUGCUGUCCAAAACCAAAAAGAUAAGAAAGGGGUAGGCUAUGCUGGGAUACCCCCGCCCUCGGGUACAAUAAACAUGAUAUCAGGUGGUGUUCACUCUGGGGGCCAAAGCGCCCGAGCUCGCAAGGCAUAUGCCCGACAGGUGAUGACGGUCAACAAAAACAGACCCUUGAAGCGGCCGUUCGAAGAAGCAGAAUGGGAGAAUAUGCCUGUCACAUUCAGCCCGGCAAAUUACAAGCGAGCAGAAGGAGAGCCUGACAUUAUGAUGCCCCAUGCAGAUCCCUUUGUGGCAACGGUUCAUAUAGGCAAUCAUAAUGUCAAUAAGGUGUUUAUUGAUACUGGCAGCUCGCCAGAUAUUUUAUACUGGAGCUAUUUUCAAAAGAUGCAGCUGAAUCUGGGCUCGCUGCAGAAAUAUGAAGGGCCCAUAUACGGAUUUGAUAACCAGCCCGUCCCGGUCGAGGGAGUUAUUACUCUUCCCAUAUAUAUGGGCUUAGAACCGCGCUUCAGGAUGGCUUCCAUCACCUUCCUGGUCAUGAAGAUGGAAUCAGCUUUCAAUGCUAUAUUAGGAAGAGCCACUCUAUGCGAGCUGAAGGCUGUUAUCUCGCAGUCCCAUCUCUGGAUGAAAUUCCCAACUCCUCAGGGGGUAGGAGUGCUGAAAGGGAAUCAGAAGAUGGCUAGAGCCUGUUAUCAGGACACGUUCAAGAAGGUCGAGCUCGCCGCAGCCCCGGCGAGUGCUGAAGGGCGCAAGCCAACCCAACUCAGUCAACAGACAAUGAGUAUAUCCGACAUUGAGCAUCGACCUGAGAGCGUUGAGCAGAAGGCAGAGCCAGUAGAACCAGUGGAAACGGUGCCUUUAAACCCGGAUGUGCCGGAGAGAACACCAAAUGGCAAGUGGAGGAUGUGUAUUGAUUUCACCAACCUCAAUGAUGCGUGUCCAAAAGACCCUCAUCCCUUGCCAAACGUUGAGAAGUUAGUGGAACGGGCAGCAGGACAUGAACGGAUGAGUUUUCUUGACGCCAGCUCGGGUUACCACCAAGUCCAGCUGUUGCUAGACGACCAGGAAAAAACAACUUUUUACGCUGGCGACGCAAUCUACUGUUAUGUCAUGAUGCCGUUCGGCCUCAAAAAUGUUGGAGCAACAUACCAGAAGCUGGUGCGAAUUAUCUUUAAGCUCCAGAUCGGCAGAAACAUAGAAGUGUAUGUAGAUGACAUGAUAGUCACCAGCGUGCGAGCUGAGGAUCACAUCGACGGCCUGGAUGAAACUUUUCAAAACUUACACCGAGCCCAAAUGAAGCUGAAUCCCUUGAAAUGCACGUUUGCUGUGGAAUCGGGGAAAUUCCUGGGGUACGUGGUAUCCAAGAAAGGAAUCGAAAUAAAUCCAGAGAAGGUACAGGCCGUUCGGCAGAUGGAACCUCCCAACACAGUAAAAGACGUACAGUGUCUGACAGGUUGGGUAGCUGGGUUGCACAGGUUUAUAGCCAGAUCGGUAGAAAGAUGCCUCCCGUUCUUCAAAGCUCUGCGGGAGCCUAAAAACUUCCAGUGGACUGAUGAAUGUCAACAAGCGUUUGACGAGCUCAAACAAUAUUUGGCAUCCGCACCCCUGCUGUCUAAGCCUGUCGAUGGGGAAUGUUUGUAUCUUUAUCUGGGGCUCACAGAAGAAGCAGUGAGUUCAGUGCUAUUGAGAGAAGAGAAUAAGAAUCAGAAGCCUAUCUGCUACGUGAGCAAAGUGUUACAAGGUGCCGAGCAGAACUACCCGCUAGCAAAAAAGGCUGCUUUUGCUUUGGUCUGCACAGCUCGUAAGCUGAGAGCUUAUUUUCAGUCUCAUCAGAUUGUUGUUUAUACUGAUUUCCCACUAAGGAAAAUAUUGCAGAAGCCAGAACUCUCUGGUCGGCUCAUCGAAUGGAGUGUCGAGCUGAGUGAGUAUGACCUCAAAUUUCAACCGCGCACGACUAUAAAAGGUCAAGCUGUGGCAGACUUCUUGGUAGAAUGCGCCCCGGCGACUGUGAAAGAAAAGGCACCUAAGUACCCAGUUUGGGUUUUGUUUGUUGACGGAGCUGCUAAUGUCGACGAAUCGGGUGCUAGAGCUGUGUUACUACGCCCUAAUGGCUUUAAAUCCGAGCAUGCGCUGAGAUUUAAGUUCCAAACAACCAAUAAUGCUGCAGAGUAUGAAGCCCUCAUUUAUGGAUUGAAGCUGGCGUCCGAGCUGAAGAUCGACAAAAUACCAAGAGCAGAUAACCACCGAGCUGACGAGCUGUCAAAGUUGGCCUCCUCGCGGGACUUUAACCCUCAGAGGUCAACCAUCGUUGAAGUGCUGGAUGCCUCGAGCUACAUUGAUUUCACGGUCGAGUGUCAACUGCUAAGCAUGGAUCCCUCUACACCGAGCUGGACUACCCCACUCAUAAAUUAUCUGCAAAGUGGCGAGCUGCUUGAAGAUCCGUCCGCCGUGAAAUUGGUUAAACGAAGGGCAGCACAUUUCACUUUAGAAGUUCACGAAGGAGUAUGUGGCACGCACAUCGGCGGCAAAACUUUAGCUUGGAAACUCCUGAGGCAUGGGUAUUACUGGCCCACCAUGGUCGAGGACGCGCAGAGCUAUGUCAGAAAAUGUCCGACCUGCCAGUUCAAUGCUGAUGAUAUACACAUGCUAGGGGAAAUGCUAUCGUCUCUCACGUCUCCCUGGCCUUUUGCUCAAUGGGGUGUCGACUUGCUCGGUCCUUUUAUCAAAGGCAAAGGAGGAUGCACUUUCCUGGUCGUUGCAGUGGAUUACUUCACUAAGUGGAUAGAAGCUAAACCGCUGUCCACGACAACAGAAAGGAAAAUAGAAGAAUUCUUGUUCAAUUCAAUAUUGUGCAGGUUCGGCAUACCUAAGCGGAUUAUCGCCGACAAUGGGCUACAGUUCCGAGCAGCAGCACUAAGAUCGUUUUGUAACGACUAUGGCAUUGAGCUCGCCUUGACGUCCGUGUAUACUCCACAGUCCAACGGACAAGCCAAGUCCACCAAUAAAAUCAUCUUGCGAGGCCUCAAGACGCGCGUUUUGGCUGCACAUUCUAGUUGGGUUGACAAGCUCAACAAAGCCGUCAUCCCGGUAGAGGUGGGAUUGCCAUCUAAUCGAGCAGGCUGGCAUGACGAUCUCAACAAUGAGCAACUGUUGAGAGAAAACCUAGACUUCGUGGAAGAGGUCAGGGAGAUGUCUAGAAUAAGAAACAUGGCGCAUCAAAGUCGUGUUGCAAAGUUUUACAAUAAAAGAGUUCGAGCUCGCCAGUUUCAAGUCGGCGACCUGGUUAUACGUAAAGUUGGAUUGACGAAUGCUUACUCGCACAUGGGCAAGCUCGCACCUAAUUGGGAAGGACCUUAUAUGGUUAUUUCUAUUCAACGACCUGAGUCUUACCGAUUAGCAGAUUUACAAGGUCGUCCAUUACCAUUCAUUUGGAACAUACACAAUCUUAGAAAGUUUUACAGUUAAGAGUUAGCUGUUCAGUUAACGUGUAUGUUAUUAGUGUUCGGGCCGUCAUGGAUCAGUUGUAAAUAGCAUUUUAUAGAGAAAUCAAAACACAGAAAGUUC